CCGCAUUAAAUCAAAAUCACACACAGUUUGUUCAACGAUUAUUCAAUCACUGUAUCAUCAGGUGCGAUGAUAUGAGGCUGCCUGCGGUCACGUUUGUUUGGCCAGUUGCGACAAAUGCACACUUAUCGAUUUUGCUAUUUAUUGCUUAUUGACUGUUCUGUCAUCUAGUUGCUCAUAUAGUAAGGAUGCAAUAUAUCAUUUGAUAGAAAUUCCAACAUGUAUGUUUCAUCUUAUUGGUAGGGAUUGUGACAGAAUCCGUAUAAAAAUCCUUCACCACUGCCCUGUCCUAUAGUUGUUGACCGAAAUGUUGAACCUAGGGCUUCUUUCGCUCCUGCUUAUCACACUCCACGUGGUGGUAUCUUCAAGUGAGGAGCUCUACCUGGCACCAUCUCAGUACUGCGCAGUGCCCGAAAAUGGUACAGCCGCCCCUGAGCUCAAGGAUACUUGUCUUCAAGAGACAAACGCGGAUCGACAGAGGCUAGUCGAGGAAAUCUACAAUGUACACCAAAAGCUUAACACUCUCAUGGGGGCCACUGUACCACUCGAUAAAGCAUUUCAUUCAGUGAUCAACAAAGCAACCAAUCUCGAGACAUCCUUAGAGUCCUCAACGAAGCAAAUUAAGAAGCUGCGCCAAAGUGUGAUGAUUGCUGCCAUUGGCGCUGGAAGGAUAGCAGAAGCCAUUGCCCAAUACCUGAAAAGCGGAUCCUGGCAGGACAAGGCCACGAUUAUCAAACGGAUAUACUCUCAUCCCCGCAAGACUAAGCGCCACAUAGUCCAUCUGUUGCAAUUCAUUCGGGCUCUGCCCAUUCGUACGGAGCGCGUGGAGUUCUACUAUCUGCUCAAGGAUGCUCUGAUCCAAGCGAAUGAACACGAGGGUUAUCUUGGUGCCCUGUUUGCUUACGAUGUGCACCAGGUAGCGUUCGAACACGAUGGCGAGACAGUGCUUGAUGCUAAGGCUGAAAGAGAGCUGUGGUCUGUGAUGCUGAAUGCGACUGUUGCGUACUUUAAACGGGCGUUCCUGGUGGGCGACAACCGCGAGGAAUUGAACGAACUCGAUCGACAACACUAUUCCGUAUUUUCAAUGCUGUUCCCUAAAAUUACGACAAUAUCGCGGGAAGACAUACGCAAGUUCGAUGCUGCCAGAAUGAUUGAGCUACCGUGCCUGAUGGAUGAUAGCUACUCGAAGAUCCUUUUCUACCGCAAGGCGAUUCAGGUGCUAACGAAGCAUUUCAAGUGGGCUGAUCACAACCAUCUUGUUGCUCCGAAGUUGGCAGGCCUGUUCAACAGCUGCAUACCGGAGAUACGUAAGGAUGAUCAACACGACGCGCAGCUUCUACAGCAAACCAAACAGCUUUUUGCGACAUUUAAGGACGGGGAAAAUUUUGAAUCAUUGCUGAAGAAAAAUGUUGACUAAUACAAAUCUUUAGAAUUAGUGCAGGAACUUUAUGAUGUAUUGAAUUGAAAAAGAUUCAGUCCUGCACGUAAUGUUCUGGAUAAUUAAUUAUUGACUGUCUUGUGCUGUUUUCUCGGUUCG